AUGGAUUUGAGGGUUGGGAAAAAGUACCGUAUUGGUCGUAAAAUUGGAUCUGGUUCUUUUGGUGACAUCUACCUAGGAACAAACAUCAUUUCGGGUGAAGAAGUUGCUAUCAAAUUGGAAAACACCAAGGCAAAGCACCCACAAUUGGAAUACGAGGCCAAAGUAUACAAGGCAUUAAGUGGAGGUGUUGGUAUUCCAUUUGUCAGAUGGUACGGCACAGAGUGUGACUACAACGCCAUGGUUAUUGAUCUUUUGGGACCAAGCUUGGAGGACUUGUUCAAUUACUGUAAUAGGAAAUUCACUUACAAAACCGUAUUGUUGUUGGCCGACCAAUUAAUCUGCAGAAUCGAAUAUAUCCAUGCGAGAUGUUUUAUCCACAGAGAUAUCAAGCCAGAUAAUUUCCUUAUGGGUAUCGGGAGAAGAGGCUCCCAAGUCAAUGUCAUUGACUUUGGUCUUGCCAAAAAAUACAGAGACCCAAGAACUCACUUGCAUAUCCCUUACAGAGAAAAUAAGAACUUGACAGGUACCGCAAGGUACGCAAGUGUCAAUACCCAUUUGGGAAUCGAACAAAGCAGAAGAGAUGAUUUGGAAAGUUUGGGAUAUGUGUUGAUCUACUUUUGUAGAGGAUCCUUACCCUGGCAAGGCUUGAAGGCUGCAACAAAAAGACAAAAGUAUGAUCGGAUCAUGGAAAAGAAAAUGACAACACCAAACAAUAUCUUGUGUAAAGGCUUACCUUCAGAGUUCUUGGACUAUAUGAACUAUAUCAAAACCUUGAGAUUUGAUGAUAAGCCCGAUUAUGCAUACUUGAGAAAAUUGUUUAGAGACUUGUUCAAGAGAGAGAACUAUCGAUACGACUAUGUGUUUGAUUGGACAUUGUACAAGUUCCAGCAAGAAAAGCAAAGGGCCCAGGGUAAAGUUGAAGGCGGUGACCAGACACAACCACAGGGACAAGCACAGGGACAGCCACAAGAUGAUCAACAAGGUCAACAACAACAACAAGUUUCACAACCAACACAACCACAGCAACAAAUACAGGCACAGGCACAGCAAAAAACAGCACAACAAUUGGCUGACCAACGCUACAAUAGCCAAAAAGCCGUUUAUACUCCAAACCAAAACUAUUCAGCAAACUACCAAGAGAAACAAAAGAUUCCACAACCUCAACAACCGCAACCCCAGAAUCAAGGAAACCCGGCUUGGCUUUAA